AUGAAGACAGAAAGUGUCUUUAAAGCUUUACAAGGACAUGUGGGUAAUUCCAGCUCUAUCAACCCAAACUUGCUUACAGUUGCUCUUGUCAGAUCCUUUAACUCAAACGCUUAUUUAUCGUUCUUAGCUCGCUUCCUCAAGCAAUUGCUGGAUUUCGUGAAGCCAUACCUUCUUUCAAGACUAAUACGGUUCAUUGACCAUACUGACUAUUCUGUAUCUUCUGGAAUAGCUAUUUCCCUUGCAAUAUACCUCAAUUCAAUGGUUUCAACAUACUUGGAAGCAUUGGAGGCGUAUAAAUCCAAGGAGCUCAACAUCGCCAUAGAAUCCUCAUUGAAGGCCAUGAUGUAUAAGAAACUCCUACGCUUAUCACCACAAUCCAAGGAACAGUACUCCUAUGGAAGAAUGCUUACACUCCUUACUUCAGAUGUAAGAAGGGUAAGUUCUGCUGCUGAUAAUCUUUCAAGUUUAGUUCUCAUCCCAGCCCAACUUCUAGUAUGCUUAGUUUCAUUAUGGAAUAUCUUAGGACUGGCAAUAUUGGGCAGUCUACUUACCAUACUGGUAUUCAUUACUUUAAAUUCAUACAUUUUCGAGCUAUCUGCUUCCAAACUAGAACAGCUACGGACCCUGAAGAUUAAAAGAGAUCAGGCUGUGAACGAGCUUUUCUCAUCCAUGAAAGCCAUCAAGCUAUAUGCUUGGGAGAGUGUAUUUAUAAGGAAGCUCUUCUUUAUAAGAGAAGAUGAAGAGAUUCCUGCUAAAAGAGGACUCAAAACAUGGAAUCGACUUUCAAACCUUUCGUGGCUGGUCCUUCCAUUUGUUGUUUCAUUUGUGACCUUUUCUUUACAAGGAAGCCUUUCAACCAGGCAAACAACUACAGAUAUUAUAUUCCCAACGCUAACGCUACUUCUGAUGCUACAGAGUCAGUUAACCAGUCUGCCGCAGCUUUUAUCUACUUUCCGGAACGCUAGACUGUCAAUUAAAGAAAUCACUGCUUUUAUGAAUGCACCAGAAAUUAAAGGUGGUUUUGUUACUGACGACUCCAAUAGUGCCAUCAAGAUAAGCAAUAUGUCUUUCAGUUGGGGCAAGCAGAAGGAGGAAACUAUAGCGCUUAAGGAUAUCAGUUUAGAUAUAAAGAAGGGAGAGCUUGCUUGUAUCACUGGCAAAGUUGGAUCAGGCAAGUCAGCUCUACUCUUGGCCAUUCUUGGUGAGCUAGAACUGUCCAACAAUAAUGAAAAAUUUACCAGAAACGGUCUGGUGGCUUAUGUGAGUCAAACUCCAUGGAUAGUGAACGGAUCAAUUAGAGAUAACAUUUUAUUUGGACAAGCCUACCAAAGGGAAUCAUUUGAAACAGUUCUUUCCGCUUGCCAGCUCCAGGAAGACAUUGAAAGGCUUCCUAAUAGAGAACACACGGUUGUGGGAGAAAAAGGAACAUCUCUUUCUGGCGGUCAAAGAGCCAGAGUAGCACUUGCAAGAGCUGUAUACUCUGGGGCAGAUAUACUAAUUCUUGACGAUGUUCUAAGUGCUGUGGAUAACCAUGUGGCUAGAAAGCUCAUUGAACAGCUCUUUUCUCCCCAGGGACUUCUAAAUGGUAAGACUGUGGUCCUAGCUACAAGCAACACUUCAAUUCUAGGUAUGGCAAAGAAAGUGUACUCUUUAGAGGAAGGGAAGAUGACUGCCCAUGCUGGUGGAUCGAGAUGGCCAGGUAUUGGAUGGUUACUGUCUGGAAAUGCUUCCAAGGAACCUAAUAGUCUCCUUCAGAAAGCAAGCACUUCUGUGAUUGCUCCAGCCCAGUUUGACUACGAUCCAUUCAAAGAACAUCUUGAAAGAUUGUCUGGAAGGGUAGUUGAGAGGUCACAGAAAGGAACAGUUCUGAGUAGUACCUACCUUGAUUAUAUCAAAUCCUGUUCAGUGCCACUUCUCAUACUUUCCAUUGCCCUUUCCAUCUUGUCAAGCAUGCUGCUGGCCAGUACCAGGAACUGGCUCAAGCUCUGGUCUGACAAUCCAAGUCUUGAGUAUUCUGCUAGAUAUGCUUUAUUUGGUAUUGCUACAGAGCUUGUUAGUUUCCUAGGCAGCUGGCUUGUGAUAUCAAAACUAGCAAUCGACGCUGGACAGUAUAUGUUCAGAAAAAUGACUUUUGGUUUGGUUGGUUCGUCUAUGGCCUUUUUCGAUACUACUCCAGUGGGUAGAAUCAUAUCAAGGUACGGUGAGGAUCUUGAGGUCUGUGAAACUCUGCUUCCAUCAGUGGUCUUUAACGUAUGUCGAGACUUUCUUUCCAGUGUUGUAACUGUCAUGGUGAUCACCUAUAACAGUCCAGUUACCAUUCCCCUUUUGUUCACCACAGUCCUAGCUUUCUGGUACUACCAAGCUGUUUACAUAUCAGCACAAAGGGAGUUUAAACGUUUAAGUUCUGGUGCUCUGGCACCGUUCUUUUCCUUAGUUCAAGCUUCAUUGGAUGGAGCAAGCACUAUCAGAGCUUACGGUCAGGAAACCUGGUUUGAGAAGGUUCAAUACGCUGAUAACGAUUUUCAAUCAAGAACCCAACUCUUGACUUUAUGUUUGCAGCAGUGGCUUUCCAUAAGACUACUGUUCUUCACUUCCAGCAUUUUAUUCUUUUGUUCUUUAUAUUUUGUGGUUAACAGGGCAGAAGUAACUGGAGGAACAGUGGGAAUGGUAAUGAGUUAUGCGUUUACAGUGUCUGGUUCGUUUAGAGCUAUACUUGGAGGACUCACAAGGUUGACUACGGACUCAGUUGCAGUGGAGAGGUGUUUGGAGUACGCUACUCUUGUUCCUGAAGAGGGGCCUAAGGAUGAUAAGAAAGGCUUACCAACUUCUGGUGACAUACGCUUCGAGAACUACUCAGCAGGGUACAAAGAGUCAGAACCUGUUCUAAAAAAUAUAAACGUUUCUAUUAAGGCUGGUGAAAAGAUAGGUGUUGUUGGAAGGACAGGUGCUGGAAAGAGUUCCCUAGUACUAGCUCUCUUCAGAAUGAUGAACCCUAUAGAGGGAAGAAUACUUAUUGGCGAUAAAGAUAUCCAGGAACUAAACCUUGAUGAGUUAAGAAAAAGCAUCAGUAUCAUUCCUCAAGAUCCAUGUUUGUUUCUGGGCACAAUCAGACAGAACAUUGAUCCUUUCAAUGAAUACCCUACUCAUAGAAUAUGGAAAGCCUUAGAAGAUGCAAAGCUCAUUGAUAUGAUACAGCUGUUUGAAAAUGGCUUGCAAAGCAGAGUAAACGAUAAUGGGACUAACUUCUCUGGUGGCCAGAAGCAGCUACUUUGCCUAGCUAGAGCACUUUUGAAGGAUUCCAGGAUUCUUGUUCUAGAUGAAGCAACUGCCUCAGUUGACUCUGAAACAGAUAAGCUUAUUCAAGAAGUUCUAGCUACAAAGACCAAGGGAAAGACGGUUCUAAUUAUUGCCCAUAGAACAGACACUGUCUUGGAUUCAGACAAGAUCUUGGCUUUGGAGAAUGGAGAGGUCAGAGAGUUUGGUAGUCCGCAGAGCUUGUUGAAGGAUAGUAAUAGUUUGUUCUUCAGCUUCAUCAACGCAGGCGUUUGA